AUGUCCCGGUCCACUCCGGGGGCCGCGCUCCUCCUGCUGCUGCUGCUGCUGGGGCUCCACGGAACCGGGGACGUGCACGGUACGAAGACAGAAUGUGAGAACAGCCAGUUCCAGUGUGGAAACGGCCGCUGCAUCCCGUCCAUCUGGCAGUGCGACGGAGACGAGGACUGCACGGACGGCAGCGACGAGAACUCCUGUGUUAAGAAGACGUGUGCAGAGUUGGACUUUGUGUGUCAGAACGGACAGUGUGUCCCGAAGAGGUGGCACUGCGACGGCGAGCCGGACUGUGAGGACGGCUCGGACGAGAGUCUGGAAAUCUGCCACAUGAGGACGUGUCGCGUGAACGAGUUCAGCUGCGGAGCCGGAUCCACUCAGUGCAUCCCCAUCUUCUGGAAGUGUGACGGAGAGAAGGACUGUGACAACGGAGAGGACGAGGUCAACUGUGGUAACAUCACCUGCGCUCCCAACGAGUUCACGUGCGCCAGCGGCCGCUGCAUCUCACGGAACUUUGUGUGUAACGGCGAGGACGACUGCGGCGACGGCUCCGACGAGGUGGAGUGUGCGCCGUCGUCCUGCGGCCCGAGCGAGUUCCAGUGUGGGAACGCCUCGUGCAUCCCGGCCAGCUGGGUGUGUGACGACGACGUGGACUGUCAGGACCAGUCGGACGAGUCCCCGACUCGCUGCGGCCGCCACCCGACGCCGCCGGCCAAGUGUUCGUCCAGCGAGAUGCAGUGUCGCUCGGGGGAGUGCAUCCACAAGAAGUGGAGGUGUGACGGAGACCCGGACUGCAAGGACGGCAGCGACGAAGCAAACUGUCCUGUACGCACAUGUGGAUCGGAUCAGUUCAAGUGUGAUGAUGGAAACUGCAUCGGGGGAAGUCGACAGUGUAACGGCGUCCGAGACUGUGUCGAUGGAUCCGAUGAAACCAACUGCAAAAACAUGACUCAGUGUAACGGACCAGACAAGUUCAAGUGUCGCAGCGGUGAGUGCAUCGAGAUGAACAAGGUGUGCAACAAGGCCCGAGACUGUCCGGACUGGAGCGACGAGCCCAUCAAGGAAUGCAAUGUGAACGAGUGUCUCAUGAAUAACGGCGGCUGCUCACACAUCUGUAAAGACAUGGUGAUCGGCUUCGAGUGCGACUGCUCACCGGGACUUCAGCUCAUCGACCACAAGACCUGCGGAGACAUCAACGAGUGUGUGAACCCCGGCAUCUGCAGCCAGAUCUGCAUCAACCUGAAGGGGGGGUACAAGUGUGAAUGCCACAACGGCUACCAGAUGGACCCGACCACCGGGGUGUGCAAGGCCGUGGGGAAGGAGCCGUGCCUCAUCUUCACCAACCGGAGAGACAUCCGGCGCCUGGGGCUGGAGAGGAAGGAGUACACUCAGAUCGUGGAACAGCAGAGGAACACGGUGGCUCUGGACGCCGACUUCAACCAGCAGACGCUCUUCUGGGCCGACCUCGGACACAAGGCCAUUUACAGCACGAUGCUGGACAGACGGGGGGACGGCGGCGCUCACAUCAAAGUGAUCGACAACGUGCAGACCCCCGUGGGAAUCGCCGUGGACUGGAUCUACAAGAACCUGUACUGGUCUGACCUCAGCACCAAAAGCAUCUCGGUGUCCAACUACAACGGAACCAAGCAGAAGGUUCUGUUCAGCCGAGGCCUCAAGGAACCGGCGUCCAUCGCCGUGGAUCCACUGUCCGGGUUUCUCUACUGGUCCGACUGGGGCGAACCUGCAAAGAUUGAGAAGUCUGGGAUGAACGGAGCGAACAGGCAGGUUCUGGUGGCGAACGACAUCCAGUGGCCGAAUGGAAUCACUCUGGAUCUGAUCAAGGGCCGGUUGUACUGGGUCGACUCGAAGCUGCACAUGCUCUGCAGCGUGGACCUGAACGGAGACAACAGGAAGAAGAUCCUCCAGUCCUCCGACUUCCUGGCGCAUCCCUUCGCUCUCACGGUCUUUGAGGAUCGAGUCUUCUGGACCGACGGUGAAAACGAAGCCAUCUACGGAGCCAACAAGUUCACCGGCUCGGACGUGGUGACGCUGGCGAGCAACCUGAACGACCCCCAGGACAUCAUCGUCUACCACGAGCUCAUCCAGCUGUCGGGGACCAACUGGUGCUCAGAGAAAGGAGCGAACGGCGGCUGCAGCUUCAUGUGUCUGCCGGCGCCGCAGAUCAACAAGCACUCGCCCAAGUACACCUGCGUGUGUCCGGGGGGGCAGGAGCUGGCUGCUGACGGCCUGCGCUGCCGACCCGACCCUCCUCCUCCUCCUCAAGUUCCCUCAAAGGAUGAUGGGAAAGCUCUGGGGAAGCCGCUGCCAGAAGCCCACCAGAACACGUCGAUCCAGCUGAACUCCACAGCCCGAGGUUCUGCAGCCGCCUGGGCCAUCCUGCCCGUGUUGCUGCUGGCGAUGGCGGCGGCGGGCGGUUACCUGAUGUGGAGAAACUGGCAGCUGAAGAACCAGAAGAGCAUGAACUUCGACAACCCAGUGUACCUGAAGACCACCGAAGAAGACCUGAACAUCGACAUCACCCGGCACGGCGCCAACGUGGGACACACCUACCCUGCGAUUUCCAUCGUGAGCACAGAAGAUGAUUUGUCCUGAUCGUCCUGUUUUUUUCUUGUUUUUGUCGUUUGUCUUUUUGGCGGCAGCCCGUAGCGUCGCAUGGCGCCUCCUUGUUGCCAUGCCGACGGGUGUCUGUAGCAGCCCUUACCGUAACGACCACAUGACUUCUGAAGAGCGCUGAGUCAUCAUCUGUGCUGAGGACGAGCGGUGGAAGUGUUACUAAUGUGAAUACAACGAUGAAUCAUGACGGAUUUCACUCAGUGCUACGUUGUUUGUUUUGUUUUUUGUUU